AUGUCCUCAACAGCUUUUGACUCGAUCAUUGAACAGAUAGUCUCGGAUAGCCCUAGCGGUGAGAUCUUGGAAGUUUACAAUGACUUACUUGCCAUCGUUGGAGAAUCUGCCAAAGAAUCGAUACUCGACGCAAUUGAACAAUACAACGUGAAGAACACAGUAGCAGUGGAUGUUGAUGGUAAUUCGGUGCUUUUAUCAAAAUAUAACAAAGAGGGGACAAAAUUUUACGACCCAGCAAAUGGUAUCUCGUUCUCAGUGGAUCAUCUAAACAGGAAAGGAUUAGAUGUUGGGCCAUACUCGGUCAAAUUGACUGAAGAACAACAAAGCUUGCUUGAAAGCUUACAAAAAUACGCCUCUACCAAUUUCUCUGGAGAUGUAACUUUAGCAGUAUACCCAAUUGCCGACUCAAACAAGGUCGUGAUCAUACUAAUUAGCACAAGAAACAAUCCAUCAAAUUUCUACAACGGUAAUUGGAAGUCUGAGUAUAUUUAUGACAUUGAUUCAACUGAACUAACUGGGACCAUUGAUGUCCAUGUGCACUACUAUGAGGAUGGUAACGUGAGUUUCAGAUCCAACAAGGAGGUUGAGAUCAUAAAGACUAAAGAUGUUGUGAAGACCAUUCAAGAAAUAGAGAAAGACUUUGAAGAUCUUUUGGAUGUCUCAUUCUCCGAAUUAAAUGAGAAGAAAUUCAAGACCUUAAGAAGAAGAUUGCCCAUCACAAGAUCAAAGGUAAAUUGGGGUAAAGCCAUCGGUACAUACAGGCUUGGUAAAGAUGCCGCUCAAGGUAACUAA